UUCAAGACGAGGUCAACCUCUUGCAAGAACCAUGCUCCUUGACUAGAGCACUUGACUUCAAAAUCUAAAAGCAACUUCUUCGUAUUCGUUUGUAACGCCUUUUUUAUACGUUAAAAAAAGGGUCAAGCUCAAUGGUACGUUUCAAAUCUCGAUAUCUGUUGUUCGAAGUACUGUACCCACAAGAAAAACAAUUUCACGAAUAUCCAACAGUUCCUUCAGAUGGUAGCAUCACUACAUCGGGUCUAUCUAAACUUUUAAGAAACACAAUAGCAGAAAACUUUGGAGACGUUGGAAUUGGAAAAGUGGCAUCGAGUUUGUCAGUAAAAUACUUUUCACCUUCGACUUCUACAGGAAUACUACGGGUUUCAAGGCAACAUUUUCGGCUAGCAUGGGCUGCUUUAUGCUUUUUAAGAGAACUUAAUGGCAAACCGGUUGUGAUACGUGUCGUACGUGUCUCUGGAACGAUAAAAAAGGCAGAAUUGGCUGCUAUAGAUAGAAAUGCUACAGAAGUCCGUCAGCUAUCAAGCUUAGACGACGCUAUUCCAACCGUCUAAUUACAAAGAACCAUUGUUUAUAUAUGUUGAUCGUGAGGCUUUUAUUUCAAUGUUUUGGCAAGAGUGUUUUCUUCUUUUUUCCCUGUCAAGACAGUUAUCAUAAAAGGUAAUGUUUUUUAUUUUAUUUAAUUUUAAUAGAAAAAGAAGUUUACCGUCCUAUCCAAAUUGGUUUUUAUCGAGUUACUGACUUAAUACAACUCAAAACUAUUGAAAUUUCCUUUUUGUUUAUUUGUUUACGUGUGUAAAGUUUGGAUUCCAUCUAAAAGCAGUCACAAAAUUUUACUUAUAUACACAAACGAUUUCUGCUACUUCAAAACCAAAUAUAAUUAGACGAAGAAAAUUAUUUUUGUUAUGUGAAAAGGUAAGAAGAAUUUUUACAGCGGAGAAGUAGACGUUUGCUCCAGAGGAUGCAAGAAAUAUACCCAAAUUGUAUAGCAAGAUCUAUGGGGUAACCGUAUUGGUUGCCUUCUUGCAGUGAUAACAGUUUUGUCAUAGUUACACUGAUGGAGUAUCUACCGCAAUUUUUUUCAUUUUUAUUUUCUAUUAUCUUUAACUAACCAUAUUAAGGUCGCAUAAACAAAAUUAUAGUAUUCGUGCAGUUUAGGGGUCCUCCAUAGUUAAAAAAAAAGGUAUUACACUAAAUAUUUGAAAAACGGUAAAGGUUGG